GCGGGGUGAGACGUGUUGGGUGCCAAUCGUGAAUGGUAAAUCAAGAAUCACGACUCGAGACGCACGAACGCAGUUUGAGUGCGCUGGUGAUCGAAGGAUACAAGAUCAUUCGUGAUUCGUCAUUCGCGAUCGUGCUUCACCACGAACGCAGCGGCAGGCACAACUUCCCUCUCGGCUUGCAAUCGCGACGCAGAGGAUCGAAGUUCCUCGAUACGCAAAGAGCAAGAGCUACUCCAACCGACCGCGUUGGCAGACUGAGCAUUCACUUAAGCUACCAACUUGGACCGAUCGUAUACGCAAAAGGAGCCGCUUCAGUCAUGAAGAUAAGAGCACGCUCGUGUGGGAGGGGCAGCAAGAGCUUCUUACCCAUCGCAUUCGUUGCCAUUGCAGCUACGUGCGCUUCUCAGCUCACUCGAGCCCAAGCCAAAGAAACAUCACACGAUCCUCUGCGUGGUGUAGCGCCAGAGCACCACCAUCUUUAUGCCACGCCGGCGGAUGGUGGAACAGAAUGGAAAUGCCUGGAGUCAGGUGAAACGAUUCCCUUUAGCGCCGUGAACGAUGAUUACUGCGAUUGCAAGGAUGGCAGCGACGAGCCAGGCACAUCGGCUUGCCCCACCUCUCGCUUUUACUGCAAGAACGAGGGUCAUUUGCCCGCAUACCUUCUGUCAAGUCGGGUCAAUGACGGCAUCUGCGACCCCGAAUGCUGCGACGGAAGCGAUGAGACGGAUGGAAAAGUGUCCUGCCCUGAUAGAUGCGCCAAGAUCGGCAAAGAGUACAGGAAAAGGGUGGCGGAGCAGCAAAACAUUCAGAGAGCGGGAGCCAAAAUCAGGGCGGGUUAUAUUGCUCAGGUCAAGAAGUCGCUAGAGGCGACCGACCUGGAGGUGACGAAGCUGGAGGUGGAGGUUCAAGUGGCCGAGGAGAAAGAGCAGAGAUUGAAAGCUGCUCUAGAAAUAGCGGAACAAGCGGAUGCCGGGGUCAUCGAAAGAAAGAAGGCUUCGCCACUGUACGCUACGCUUCGUACGCACCAGAACGCCCUAGCAGCUCUGCAAGACAGAGAUGCGUUGCUCAAAGCAGAAAUACAAAGGCUGACGGCGCUGCUUGAUGACCUCUCGAGUGGGUACAAUCCAAAUUAUCAAGACAUGGCCGUCAAGGGCGUGGUGAUGGAGUACCGGAAAUGGAGGCGAGGGUCCGGAGAUGCUGCCACAGAGGGUGCCGAGGGCGAUGCUGCUGCUGAAGAGCAGAACGUGAAGGAGGACACGGAGCCUGUCCGACUUUACGAACUGCUGUACGAGGGCGAUUGGACACAGGCGGUGGUCAGAGAUCUGGCACAAGCCGAGACCCUCGGUCUGAUGGAUGAUGGAGCUUACGCGGGCAGUUCAGAGUCCGAGACUGGAAUACUGUUCCGCAUACACGAAUACCUGCCAGAUCCAGUGGUGCCAUACUUCGAAGCAGGCGUCGAUACGCUGCUGGACUUGCUCACGAAGGCAAAUGUCAUCUCGGAUGUGAAGAGGACACGCAAGUCUGGGGACGAGGCGGAGCCAGAAAACGUCGUAGCGGCUCGUGCAGCUUACAACACCGCCUCGUCCGACCUUGAGUCCAAGCGGUCCUCCCUGGCAACUAAGAGAGGCGAGCUGAACUUGAACCCAGAACAGUGGGGCAGAGAGUCGGAAUGGAAAGCCUUGGAUCAGAAGUGCAUCAGCAAGAAUAUGGGCGAGUACACGUACGAAUUCUGCUUCUUUGGAAACACGAAACAGGUGCCCAACAAGGGUGGCAUGAGUGUCGGUCUGGGCCGCUUCAACAGAUUCGAGCCUGUCAACACGAGCUUGACAGUCAGCGAUGACGCGUUCUUCCAUCGUCAGAUGUACGACAAGGGUCAGAGGUGUUGGAACGGACCGGAGAGAUCAUCCAUCGUUGAAUUCACCUGUGGAACCGAGAACGAGUUGUUGGACGUUUUCGAGGCAGAGAAAUGCAUCUACAAAAUGAAGGUCUCCACACCGGCAAUCUGUCUGCCUUUGGAAGAGAGACACGCGAACGCCAAGCCGAAAGAUGAACUGUGACAGUACCUCAAGCUGGACAAAAAAGUAGGCCAGAAUGUGCCGGCGAGGGCCAAUCAGUCACCAGGACCCGUUCGAGAGUCGCUUCUAGCUGCGGUCCGUCAGGUAUCCACUCAUAUCAGCUUGACGCAAAUAAAGAGCAGUUUCCCUGCAAGCUCAAUACCUUUGUCUACUUUGCCGCAACCACGAUUCUGUGCGCUCG